AUGAAUGAGAGUGGGGUGAAGCUUUAUCGAGAGCUUUUGCGAGCCAUAAACUUGGUUUUCAAAAACGAUCUUUCUGUAAUCAAGGCAGCCAAAAUCAAGGUUCGCAGCGCAUUUGAGAGCAACCGAAGCCUUUUAGAUAAGCAAGACAUUGAGCAGCAGAUUGUCUUUGGGCGAGAGGUGGCCCGUUUUCUGUUGAAAAACAUUGCUCAAGGGGUCAAUAUGAGCUCUUUUGCAUCUAAUCCAACGUAUUUGGUGAAGAUCGAACAAAGGCAUGAAAUGGCAGACAACGAUGCAACUCCCUCCUUAUUAGACGCCAAAUUAGAACACAUUCAGCCGAUCGGUCCUUGCAAAGUCAAGUGUAGUGGGUGUUCGUGCACCUUUUAG